AAAAAAAAUAAUAAAAUUGAAGUGAAGUUUGAGUAUUGAAAAUGGAUGAAGAUGAGGACUCUGUAAAUUUUAGUUUUUCUGAAACUACAAGAGAUGCAUUUAUUCAAAGUACUGAUACCUUGGCGAUUAAUGGAAAUGUGCAGGACUUAUUUGACGAUUAUAGUGACGCAUCUUCGGAAACAAUUGAUCAGAGUUCAGUUUCCCAACAUUGCAUAACGAAUAAUAACAAUUCUUACGAAAGGUCGGUGCUGUCAGGACCUGAUAUGAAUAGCCAAAGUUCUACUAAUUUCAGACUGGAUACGGAGAUAAACGGUUAUUCCGAACAAAGUUCUUCUACACACCAUACAUCUGAGUUACAAUGGGAUGAGACAAGUAUUUUCAGCGAGGGUUCAAGUUCCGCAACAGACGAAAAUCCCAUUUUUCAAUUAGUAGAAUUUAAAGAAAACAGUGUUUAUUCGGAUGAAUCAGAGCUUUCCGCUCCUAAUGUUAACACACAGUAUAUUACAGAUACGCCAUCAAUAAGUAGUUUCUCUGCUGAAGGUGUACGUACGAUAUAUGGGCAAUCAGACGGUAAUGACCCAACUGCUACAUCAAGCUCAGCAGUAUCUUUAGCUGUAAAUACCAUCGCUUUAGGAGAAGAUGAAGUUGAAGGAAACAAAAAGAAGACUUUAAGAUUUAUCCUAAAGUCGAUGAAAACUGUUUUUCAUGUAGGAUAUAUGCCGUUGAUUAUAUACUUAGGUUAUAAAUCAGCUAAAGCUGAAGGUACACCCUUUAGUUUACUAGAUUUACUUCCAUGGUUCAAAAACUAAGAAAUUUUAAUUGGAGACUUUUUUUUUGGCUAAAUAACACUUUUA